AUGCCGCCCUUCACCAAGUUGCUGCCACUCCUAGCAAGCCUUGCUUUACUCUCCGAAUCGAAGCCUCUGAGCCAGCCAUCGGUCAUCUUCGCUCCUCUACAAGGAACUACCCCCGGAAGCGCUCAAAACAUCGUUGUCGACUACUUCGGUGAUGUAGAUGGUGAGCUCACAAUCACAUACGCGGCAUGUGAUGAUGCUUCCGCUUCUAUCAAUUCCACGAAGCAACGCAUAGGUCGAACGCAUGUUGGAGCCCAUCCUCUGGCUAAACGCCAUGAGCAACACGAGAACAGGCGGCCGAACAAGUUCGUUUGGUUGACCCCGACCGAAAUGUCCGGCGGAUGUCUCCAUGCAUUUCUCGAUGGAGAGCUUGUCGGCAAGUCGGAAGAACUGGCUAUCAGCAAGCGCCAUGCUCGUCGCAAUGAAAAGAAGUCGUUUGUUGAUGUCGCAGGAGUUGACAGCAACUGGUUCGAUGGCGUUGCGUACUUGCAACAAAAGCAGCCAGAUGACGUUUUUGUCGCCUCAACUAAGAACAAGUCCUUCGGUAUCCUUGGCGGAGGUAUUUCUGGGCUCAUGACAUCUUUAUUGCUGGACUCUGUUGGUAUCCACAACUGGAAGAUCCUCGAGUCAUCUCACCGUAUUGGUGGCCGUAUUCGCACAGUCUAUCUUAAUGGCACUUCUCCGGAUGAAGGUCAAUACCAUGAGCUUGGGCCUAUGCGUUUCCCGUAUGAGAUCACUGACUCCGAGACCAACGAGACCUUUCCCUUCAAUGACCAGCGCAUAAUCUUCCAACUGGCUGAUGUUCUCAAUGAACGUAACACUGGAAACAAAGAGCUUCUUGUUGAUUUCAUCGAAUGGAUCCAGACCUCCCCAAACACCCCAGCUGACAGUCCCUUCCGUCGUCCCGAUGGAACCAUCCCUAGCAGGACUGAGAUUGCGAACGACCCCGCAUACCAGAACCCGACAUCAUACGGCAACGCAACUGCUGCUGAAGAGGCUAUCGCGGCUCUUGACGAGUUCAAGGGUCUAGACAAGGAACGCGUUAAGAUGUACGCCACCAACAUCUUCAAGGCAUACAAGCAAGCCAAAGACGACGGCAUGUUCGAUUACUCUGAAGUAGCGUACCUUCGAAACAAGCUAAAGUUUGAUCUCAACACCACUGAUGAGGUCGGACAAUCCCACAUCUACUGGCCCAUGUGGGAGUAUGAAACUGUCUACUUCCUCGCGACUAAAUGGGUCACCAUCAAAGGCGGUCUCUCAAGGAUGCCCGCAGCUUUCGAGCCAUUGGUCAAGGACAAAGUCCAAUAUGGUACCAAGAUCAACGGCCUACACUGGAAUGAGAACAACAAGACGAUGUCUGUCUCCUGGAGGCCCACCGGAGCCGAGCCCUACGAAACUCCGGAUAGCAUCGAGAACUUUGACUACGUACUCAACAGCGUACCCCUAAACCUGAUGAAAUUCUGGCAUCUCCCGCGCUACUCGAGUCUCCUGAAGCGCGCCAUCGACCGUACCCUAUUCGCCAACGCCUGUAAAGUCGCCGUGCAGUUCAAAACGCGUUUCUGGGAGCAUCUCGACAAGCCCAUCAUCGGUGGUUGCACGCGCCUCUACCAACCCCAACUCGGCCAGAUUUGCUACCCGUCCUGGCAGAUAAACGCCACAGGUCCCGGAACAAUGCUCGCAUCCUACCUCUCCGACUACGAAGCCACUGUCGCAUGUGCCAUGCCCGAAGCCGAACAUAUGGCCUAUAUCAAGCGCGCCUUUAUCGAAAUGCACGGCAAGGACGUCGUCGAAGAGAAUUGGACUGGCAACUAUGCUCGUCAGUGCUGGGAACAAGAUGAACACCAGGCUGGUGCGUUUACGAUGCAGAUUUUUGGACAGCAGCAUUUGUAUCUACCGGCUUUCUAUCAGACGGAGUUUAACACGGUGUUCAUUGGGGAGGCAGCGACUUUCACGCAUACAUGGAUCUUUAGUGCGUUGGAGAGUGCUACCCGCGGAACUGUCCAGUUGCUUUUGGAUAUGGGUCUUGUUGAUGAGGCUAAGCAGAUUACUGAGACGUGGAUGGCGAGGUUCAUUACGGUGUAG